AUGGACCAGUUGAACCAAAUUAAAGGCUCAGAUUACUCAUCAAACGAAAAAGACAAAGUUAUGGACCGCAUGGACUGACUUAACCAUCUCCGCUUAGUCUUCAACAUCACUGCUGGAUGUCAUACACUCCAUUCAUCCUCUUUAUCAGUUAAAACUGAAGCAUUUCUCGAUACUCUUAUAGAAAACAUAUCAAAAUUCCCACUUGUCUCCACAGAAGACUAUAAAUCUUCAGUUCAAUAUUUAAGUUUUCGUGAUAUUUUUGAAUGCUUUGAAGCACAGUUCGGCCAAGCACUCACAUGAGAUUAUGUCCUAAACGCUGUAGUUUUCUUACUCUCCUUUAUCUGGUUAGCGAGAAAAGAGCUUGUCGCUAACCAAAUGGGUUAAUAUUUGCUUUAAAAAAUUUAUAUUAAAUUUUUUUUCGCUAAUUUUCCCAAAAAAAUGGAAUUUUCUAAUCUCUAGCCAAGAAGGAGUUAAAGCCUCAUGAAGAUGCAGGGCAAGAAAGCCCAAGAAGUAUUGAUUUAAAUGAGCUUGUUUUUAUUAACACCAAGCUUAGUUCAAAUUCUUUAGAAGUGGAAGAACCUGAGGUAAGAUCCAGAAGAUUAAGUGAUUUAAGAAUACCUCAAGCGCAGCACGAAAAUAAAGAAACUAUAAAUACUCAGCUGAGUUUGUCCACAAUCCAGGUGGAUACAGCAAGAUCAUUAGGAACAAGAACAAUGGACUCUUUACCAGACAAUUUAACCCCUCAAAAAAAAAAUCAAAAACCCAGUUUUAAUUUGUCUGGAAGAAGAAUGGCUGUUUUAAACCAAAAAAUGCCAGAUGAUCUUGUAAUUUUGGAUUUAAGCUAUAAUCAUUUUUCAAAUAUCCCAAAAUUAGAGGGACUUCAGCAACUGGAAUAUCUAGAUUUAAGCUGAAAUUUUAUACAGAAUAUUAAAGGAAUAGCAUCGAUAAGCUCUUUGAGAGAAUUUUACCUCAGCCAUAAUCAGAUAAGAACAAUUGCUCAUUGCUUGCCGACUGAAAACUUAUAUUUAUUGGAUUUAUCUCAUAAUUUAAUACGACAAUUACAAGGUAUAGAGCCGCUUGUACGGGAGACUAAGCUAAAAGUAUUGAGCCUAGAAGGGAACCCAAUUCAAAAUACUCAUGAUUUCCCAUCAAAUUUUAAAGACUUAUUACCACAAGUGGAUAUUUUGAAUCCUUUAAAUAUAUCAGUGCACUCAAAAUACAAAGCAAAAGAAGAGGUGGUUCCUGAUCAAAAGGAAGACCAAGAAAGUAUGCCUCCUAUGAUGUCAGAAGAAAAUAAAAAAUGUAUUAGGAGUUUAAUUUCAACAAGAUCUAUGCCAGCACUUAGAAAAAAAGUUUAA